AUGUCUAAUUCGGUUCUUGUUUCUGGCGCCUCAGGUUUUAUUGGUUUGCAUAUAGUGUCGCAAUUGUUGAAACAGGAUUAUAAGGUUAUCGGAACCGUGAGAUCUCAUGAGAAAAAGGCAAAAUUGCUAAGACAAUUCCAGCUUAACCCUGAUUUGUCCUUAGAGAUUGUUCCUGAUAUUUCCCAACCAAAUGCUUUCGAUGAUGUUUUAGAAAGACGUGGACGCGAGAUUAGGUACGUUUUACAUACGGCGUCUCCUUUUCAUUAUGAUACUACUGAGUAUGAAAGGGAUUUGUUGAUUCCCGCACUAGAAGGUACAAAAAACAUUCUAAACUCUAUCAAAAAAUAUGCAGCUGACACCGUAGAACGCGUUGUUGUGACUUCUUCUUGUACUGCUAUUAUAACCCUUGCAAAAAUGGACGAUUUCAAUGUAGUAUUUACAGAAGAUAGUUGGAAUGAGGCAACAUGGGAGAGCUGUCAAAUUGAUGGAAUAAAUGCCUAUUUUGCAUCCAAGAAGUUUGCUGAAAAGGCUGCCUGGGACUUUGUAAAAGAGAAUGAAGGUCAUGUUAAGUUCAAACUGACAACCGUCAACCCUUCUCUUGUUUUUGGUCCCCAACUUUUCGAUGAGGAUGUGCAAAGACGUUUGAAUACCUCUUGUGAGAUAAUCAAUGUCUUGAUUCAUACUCCAGUAGAUGCCAGCAUUCCCGAUCUUCAUUCCAUUUUUACUGAUGUAAGGGAUGUGGCCUUAGCGCAUUUGUAUGCCUUCCAGAAGGAAAACACUAUUGACAAGAGAUUGGUUGUGACUAACGGUAAAUUUGGAAAUCAAGAUAUCUUGGAUAUUUUGAACAAAGAUUUUCCUCAACUAAGAGGUGUUAUACCUUUGGGCAAGCCUGGAACAGGUGACCAAGUCAUUGACCGCGGUUCAACUACUGAUAAUAGCGUAACGAAGAAAAUAGUUGGUUUUGAGUUCACCAGUUUACACGAAACUGUCCAUGAUACUGCUGCCCAAAUUUUGAAGAAAGAGAACAGAUUAUAA